ACUCCCCUCAGGAGAGAGAACGAGAGAGAGCGAGAGAGGAGAGAAAAGCAUGAGCGAGGCUCUGAAUAGAGAUUACCAGCUUCUGGAGGAGAUCGGCCGCGGGCGAUUCGGAGUAGUCUACCGGUGCUUCUCUCCGCUCACCGACGAAUUUUACGCCUGCAAGUCCGUCGACAAGCGCCUCCUUGCCGAUGCCACCGAUCGUGAAUGUAUUGAGAACGAGCCAAAGCUAAUGCUCCACGUCGCCAGCCAUCCCAACAUCCUCCAUCUCCGUAGCGUCUACGAGGACGACCACUUCCUUCACAUGGUCGUCGACCUCUGCGAGUCCUCCGAUCUCUUCGAACGCAUCGCCGCUCGCACCUUCUCCGAGCCCGAGGCCGCCGCAGUCCUCCAACCGCUCGCGGACGCCCUGUCGCACUGCCACCGCCACGGCGUCGCGCAUCGCGACGUCAAGCCGGACAACGUUUUGUUCGAUUCACGGGGCCGGCUGAAGCUCGCCGACUUUGGGUCAGGGGAGUGUUUCAGCGAAGGCAGGUGCAUGAGGGGGAUCGUGGGGACGCCGUACUACGUGGCGCCGGAGGUGAUAAUGGGGAAGGACUACAAUGAGAAGGUAGACGUGUGGAGCGCCGGCGUGAUUCUGUACAUAAUGCUCGCUGGAGUGCCGCCUUUUUUAGGUGAGUCGGCGGCGGAGACGUUCGAGGCGGUGGCGAGGGGAAACUUGAGGUUCCCGACGAAGAUCUUCCGGUCGGUGUCGCCGGCAGCGAAGGAUCUGUUGAGGAAGAUGAUCUGUAGGGACGUGUCCAAGAGGUUCUCCGCUGAGCAGGUUCUGAGGCAUCCGUGGACUGUGAGCGGGGGGCAGAUUAGGUCACCCACCGAUCCAACCUAGAUUCCCACUACUCAAGCGAGCAGGCUACCAAGCUAAAUGAAUCCUGUACAUAUAUACCCUUUGCUCAUGUAAAAUCCCAGAGAUAAUAUAUCGUCUUUAUACAGUUUCACCGCGGCAGCCACCAAUCCUACCAUUGAUGGGUGCCUAAGAGGUAGCUUUGGUUUUCCACGGGCGCAGAGACAUGGAUGGAUUGGAAGGAGAACUGAGAACUGAGAACUGAGAACUGAGAAGGGCAGUUGAUGCUCUGUAAUGUUUGCUGAUGCAGAAGAGAGAAAUCCCUCCUCUGUUUUUGUAAAUGCUACUUUCACUUUUGUUCUGUAGAUUGGAAUAAUGUUUUCUCUGCGUGUAUGCAUAUAUGGCCGAGGAUUCUCUUCUUGGUAGAGAUGUUCCAGUAUUUUACACAUGUAUUUGGGAUCGAACGGUUAAUACUAAAUAAGGUCACUUUUUU